UCCUCCCUCUUCCUCCCUUUCCUUUAAACCUUCACAAACUCAAAAUGAAACUGCUACCAUUACCAUUAUCACUAUUCAGACCAAAAGAAUGGCCAUUAUGCACACAACAACCAAGAACAUCCUCCUUUCAUAUAACCACCAUGAAAGAUGAUGAUCUCUUCAAAACGAUUAACUCUAUCUACUUCGACCCAGAAAACGACGCCGUUGAGACACCUGAUUCCUGGUUCACUAACUCGUCCGAUUCGACGAGUUUAUCAAGUUUAGAAUACGAUGAUAAUUCGAAUCUUCUAGAAGAUAUUGUUCGUGGGGCACAACAAGAUAACCGGGUUUUAUUCGACCCGAAUGAAUCGGAUUCACCCAAAUUGAUUGUUGAAACAACAAGGUUUGAGAAAUCUGUCGCAAUUUCAGUAGAUAGUGAAGACCCGUACCAAGAUUUUAGGGUUUCGAUGGAAGAAAUGGUGGAAAAUUUAGGAAUGGUAGAUGAUUGGGAUGGGUUAGAAGAGUUAUUAAGAUGGUAUUUGAAGGUUAAUAGGAAAGAUAAUCAUGAAUUUAUUAUUAAUGCGUUUGUUGAUUUAGUUCAUGAUUUUAUUGCUAAAACUAGUAGAGAUGAUCAUCAUGAUGAUCAUGAUGAUGCUCAAAUUUCUAAGUCUAGUACUUAUUUUUCUUCAGCUGCUUCUUCUCUUUCUUUGGCUUCUACAUAAAAAGAUGGAAGAAGCUCGGGCUGACACGCGGGCCAUGGUUGCCUGAAACAUGGCACAGACACAAUAUAAUAUUGUUUACAGUAAGAUUUGAUAUGAGGUACCAUGUAUAUAUAUGUAUUGGAAAAUAACUCAUAUAUGAUUUUAUAUAGAAGAAUUUGAGAGAGGUCAACUAAAAACUAUUUGAUGGGCUGUUGAUUUUAGUAUGGAAACUCAUUGAAGUUGUAUGCCGCUAGCUUUUCUCUUACGUGGAUUUUAUCUACAAGGCCAAAUUUAUCAACAUGAGCUACUUUGCAAAACACAAUUUUUAUGGUUAGAUUUAUUUUUUGAUGGCCAUGGAACGUCAUGAUACGAUAUUAUUCACAGCACGACUUGGCCAAGGGCGAAGCAAUAGAUCGGGCCGGGCCUGACUCUCGCGAUUUAUUUUUACAGUUUAUUCUUGCGAUCUAGUUUUCUAAUUUCGCCCCUUAAAUUUUUUCGCCUCUUAAGUUUUAUAUCUUGGUUUCACUCUUGGAAUUACACGAUGUAUUUAGCACGAAGCAUAAUAUAUAAAGAACGCAACACAACACAAUUUUUAUAGCUACUUAAACAUAAUAAAUAUAAGGGUAAUAGUUCUUCACUUUGUAGGGAUGUUUCUUGGGUCCUCCUUCAAUUAAUGAAUAGUGCGGCGAAAUGUUUUUGUAAAUAUAGAAUUGAAAUGAAAGAUUAUGGAUAGCUUUUUAAAACUUUGUUCACAUUUUAUAUAUUUGUAAGCAUAAUUAAUGUAUU